AUGUACAACUCGUCGCAUGGUGACCGCGACGGAGAGAUCGAAGACGAGGAGCAGCACUGCGAUGAGGAGGAGCGGCCAUCAGAUGGUCCUCCUCGCCCAAACCAAGGUCGAUGUCAGGAGCUGGAACCGCGAGGGGCCGCACACAGUCGCAGCGAUCUGAACAAGAAACACGCAGAGGAGCGUCGGCAGCAGGAGCAGGAGCACGGCAAGGAGUGGCAGGAGCUGGACGAACGUCACUAUGAGGAGCGCAUUGAGCUUCAUCAGCAGCACGGGGAAGACACCAGAUGCAUCAACAUGCCGACUGAGGACCAGUUAAGGCAGUUGGAUCGCUCCCACCAGAAGCAGUGGGAAGAACUCCUACAGACCCUGCAGCAGCAGUGUCGAGAGCUGGAACAGAGACACCAGAGAGAGUCACGAGAGCUGGAACAGAGACGCCAGAGAGAGCCACGAGAGCUGGAACAGAGACACCCCAACGAGGAUGAAUCUGACGAGGAGCGGCAAGAUCGGCGUCUCAGUCAGAGGCUGUUCGAGGCGAGCGAAAGACACCGCCGACAGCAGCUCCAGCUCAGUGAACGGCACCGCCAGGAGCUGGAGGAGCAGGAGAGCCGACACCGCCAGGAGAGGAAGGAUCUGGAGCGGCGCCUCAGCCGCCGGCGCUGGGGGCUGCAAGAACAGCAGCUGCGCGCCGUCGCAAACGGCUACGUGCGCGGCGCGAUAGAGCACGCGGCUGCUGCCUGGCUGCCGGCAGUGUCCAAGUCCAACAUCGAAAUCCUGGAGCGGGAGAUGCGCGCCGUGGCGAGGAUCGUCACGGGCUGCAUACACUCCGCACCACACCACGGUGUGACGGCCGAGGCUGGCAUGCUGCCUGUCGCGCGCCUCAAGCUGGUCACGGGGUGGCGCCAAGUAGGCCGGGAGGCCCUGCGGGAGCUACGGGUCGAGCUGCCGGUUGAGGCCCUGCUACCAGAGCGACCGCCACCGUGGACGCCCACCGGCAAGAUCACCUUCAACCUGAGCAUUGGCGCGCUGCCCGCCGGUGCGGCGAGGUCCACGAAGAGAGACGUAGCGCUCCAUCACCUGGCGUCCAUGACGCAGUGCGCGACGUGGGCGUGGACCGACGGCUCGUCGAGCGACGGGAUCCUCCGCGGGGGGGCUGGCGCCCUCAUCGUCGGAGCUGAUGACAGCCGCACCGAGCUCCGUGUCCCAGCGGGCACACUCUGCUCCAGCUUUCGAGCGGAGAUGGUCGCCCUGCAGGUGACGCUGGACCACAUCCUGGAACACCAGCGGGACGCACCAGAACCAGUCAUUAUAUGUACCGACUCGCUGUCGGCGGUAGCGGCGCUGAGAGAGGGUCCGUCGGCACAGCGCUCGGCCAGAGGCGCUGCCAUAUGGAAGCAGCUACUGGAGCUCACCGCCGGAGACCGAACGGUCACCCUCCAGUGGGUUCCAUCCCACUGCGGGAUCCCAGAGAACGAGUCCGCCGACGCCCUGGCAAACGAGGCUGCGACGCUGGCACAAGAAGACGUCAUGCUCGAUUGCAGGAACCUCGACUGCCCUGCAGCUCGUUGCCCGCUGUGCGGCGAGCAAGCCGACACACCUCGACACAUUCUGCUGACCUGCCCGGGACUGAUGGGGGUUCGCCUCAGAAUCCCGGCGGUCGGCAACAUACUGCCAACGGUGGAGGAGGUCAGGCGCGGCGACACGGUGGCGGCCCUGGUGGCCGCCUUCAGGGCCCUCCAGAGCUGA